AGCCCAGCUUCCGUUUAAAGGGAACCUCCCAUCCUCCCCAUCUUCGUUGUGCGUCAUGCGUCUCCGUGCACCUGUCCAGGACAAAGCCCCACUAUCGUCCCUCCACUGAAGCUGCAGCUGCUUCAUUGAUCUGAACACCUGGGCCGAUCAGAUGGGACCGGGUCAAAUGGCGGGUCGUAGGCCCCGCCCCCAGCGCACAAUGAUCACUCUGUGGGGCUCCACCUUUGUUGAAGCCUUAAAUACUUCCACAGGAACCAAACUAUGAUAAGCUCCUGCUCGGGUGUCACCCGGCCGCCAACAGGGAGCUGAAGUCGGCCCCGCCUCCUCAGGCAGGUCUGAUAAACGCCCGCGGUGGAGCUGGGACUCAUUGGGAGGCGAAACCUGAAGGGCUCCUUCACAUCCAGUGUGAGUCUGAGUCUUUACGAUGACGCGGCGUUUCAGAGGAUCCAGUCAGUGACCGAACGGCCUCCGCAGCCAGCGCUCCAUCCAACAGAAUUGAAAUCAACAAACCCGCAAUCGGACUCCUCCUGCUCCAACCUGCUGACUGGACCGGAACCAAGCUCUGGUUUGACUUUUAUUUGUAUUUAAGUGGGAAUAUGUCACGGCUAACAUCACCGUUACCUUGUCACCGUCGUUACCUUUUCACCAUCGUUACCUUAUCAUCCCAGACUCUGAGGUGGGGACAUGAACUGUUGAUAAUACGAACGUCGACUGUUUCAGCAUCAGAUAAAACGAAGCUCCGUUAAUGGAACCUGUGACCUUUCGUGAUGCUAAUGAGUUUCCGGUUCCUAAGUGGAAUUCGCUCGGGGCUUGAAUGAAAUUAAUGGGACGUUUGUUUUAGCACAGCAGGAUUUUCACAGCAAACGCAUGCGUUUGGUGGAUUUCUGACAGCGAGGAUGUGAUGAGGGUUUACUGUGCGUUCUGACACACUCUCUGCCUGCGCCGCAGCCUGUCGUCAUGUUUCUGGUCUGGACCUUGGUGCUCUGGGCUCUUCCACAUGCACUUUCUGCCAGAUCCCUGUUCUGCCUGGAGCCAGAGGCCGCGGACCGAAGCGCAGAUCACAUGAUUGAUUGUCUGGGCCGACGCUUCACCUGGCUGCACUCCGUCUUCGACGACUUCCCCUCCGUGAUGAGCUUCGCGCUGAGGCUGCGCUGCGAAACGGGGCUUUGUCCACGUGACCUGGAAGAUUACGGCUGCGCCUGUCGAUACGGAGCGGCUGGAGACGCGGUGGAUGAUCUGGACGCCUGCUGUGACGCUCACCGGCGGUGCCACCGGAACGCUGCCCCGUGCAGGCAGCAGCCGCCCGCCCUCAACCUCACGUGUGCGGCGGUGAACAGCAGCUGUGGUGGAGCCGCUGGUCGGUGUGAGCGGACGCUCUGUGGAUGUGACCGGGCCGCCGUCGACUGCGUGCGUCAGAGCUUCUACAACUCCACGCUGCGGGGCUUCGCUGGAUCGUCCUGCUCGGCCUCGAAUCAAACCGACACAGCAGAUGUUCCUCCAGCUGUGAGCGGCUCUGACAGCUCCCAGAUCAACUCGUCCCAGGCUGCAGAGCUGGACCCACUGACACCCAGCCCAGCACACAACUGGACCGACGCCGGGGGGACGGACGCUGGCACACUGGCACCGACCCAGCUGACGCAUGCUGAGGUGAAUGAAGCUGAAGAGGAGGAGCUGCUCCUUCACGUCGUCUCUAAAGAUCUGAAUGGGACCGUGACAGAGGAAGCACUCGAGCAGGAAGAUCUGCGUGAGGAUGUGAUGACCCCCAGUCCUGCAGCAGCCAGUCUGGGUUUGGUUGUGAAUGAAACACGCUCUUGGUCCGUGGUGACGUCUGAGGAAGGCUCCAUCGUCAUGACGACGCGACCUCAGACAGUAAAGCCACGAAUCGGUCAAGAUGAGAAAACAACCACUUCACACACUACGAUUCCCUCAGAAUCAUCUGAAGACGAGGAGGAGGCUUCAGAUGAACAAGGCCAGAAUCAACUCACAACUGUAACAUCACCUCCAGCAACAACUGCAACCACAGAGGCAACGAGAGGACGCUCGACGCUCAGCACCGUGACAUCACCGGCUGCUCAGACGGAGACUAUAAUGAGGCCCUCCAUCCCAGUCAGAACCACCGCCGCUGCACCUCGGGACCCCACGCCUGCUGCUGUCAGCUCCCUGCAGCCAGGUCAAGAGUCCACUUCAACAGCAGCUCAGCAGACGACACAAGGCAGACGAGUCACCACAGAGACCAGCGCGUCCAGAACCACGGCUGAGGCCGAGUCCCAGGAGGAAACGUCCACAGGAAAACCGACGGACAGCUCACAGGAGAAGGACCCAAACGACGGAGGUGUGGCUCAGAGGCGGUCGCUGCCGUCGUUCGCCUGGUCUCUGCUGGACUCUGUGGGACUGCCGGACGUCCAGCUGCAGCCGGAGAGCGAAGAAUGCCGCCGCCCCUUCACGCUGUUCGGCGGCCAGGCCCGGGAGCUGCCGGCGCUGGGGGAGAUGCUCCGCUGCCUGACGGGACGGUGUCCGCACGAGUACGAGAUGUACGGCUGCUACUGCGGCCAGCACGGCGCCGGGCCGCCUCUGGACCAGCUGGACAGGUGCUGCUUCUUCCAUCACUGCUGCCUGAAGCAGAUCGGCUCCAUGGGCUGCAGGUCCGACCGGAGGCUCGGCACCAGGGUGACCUGUGAGGAUGGGAAACCACGAUGUCAAGGUGCGACCAGGUGCGACAGGCUGCAGUGUGUGUGUGACAGAACCACUGCCGAGUGCAUGGCAGCAGCUCACUUCAACCACAGCCUCCCCACGCAGCACUGCCGUGGACCCGCACCCACCUGCCGCCGGCCCAGCAGGCCUCCCAAACCACAGCUGUCCCCUCAGUCCAGCGAGGAGAGCGAGGAUGAAGAGGACGCGUCAGAGGAGCCAGGGCCACACAGCGUCCAGAACAGCGAUGAAAGCACUGACCUGCAGGAUGAGGGGAAGCUCCAUCCUUCGGCUGAGACCUUCAUCCCAACGACAGUUCCUGCCUCCAGCGAGGAGCUCAAAGCUCCGCCCACAUCUGCUGGGAUUCACACCUAUGACCACCGGCCGAGCGCAGGUCAGAGCCAAGGCCCCAAACCAGCAGAGACACCAGAGCGAACCGAGGAGGAGGAGGGGGGAGAAGAGGAAGAGGAGGAGGAGGGGGGAGAGGAGGAGGAGGAGGAAGAGGAGGACGCAAACUAGAUAUAAAUGUAUUGAGUUCAGAUUUGAAGACAGAGGUUUUGUAAACAUAGAUUCUAGGGAUUUGGACCGACAGUAUUACACAUCACAGCAUCUCCGUUUUAAUAGAAACUCUUUUAUUCUCUUCAACAUUAAUCUUUAUGCACGGUUAUUAUUUAAUAGAGGCUUUGUCAUAAAGUGCUGAGGCUCUGCUGCCACUGGGGUUCAAGGAAGUUCCUCAGUUAAGUCUGUAAAGCCCUAAUACAAAAACAAACAAAAACAGCAACGUUGACUUCAAUUUUAACAGCAAAGAGAGCAAAGAAGCUCAUAGCAUAAUUUCAUGUCACUCUGGAUCUAAUGAGACCUAAUGAGGCCUUGGGAGUGUGGAUGAAAGUGUUGAACCUGCGGCUGCAGCAGAACCUCAGCCAACACAGAGGUGACAUCAUCUCUUAGCCUGGCACAAAAAUACAGCUGCGUCACAAAUGGAAAGAACGGCAGCAGAAGCUCAUGGUUUCUAUUAUUUUGUAGAAUUCACCAGCUGAAAUGCAAAAAGGUCCGUCUUGAAAAGUGAAAGGUUGAACCUGUCUCAGUCGCUCUGUGUCCAGAUCUGACGUAAGGCAGUGUCUUGAUUUUAUGCUUUUAAGACACGACGCUGACGGAAUUCACUGGUCAACACGGACGUUUUUACAGUUUCAAUGCAGCUGAUGACUCGUUUGUACCAAACAACCUGUGCAGACUCGUUUCUGCUCUAGUACCAGACACUGUACAGAAGAAUCAAAGUGCAAACAAACAUGGUCGCUCUCGGUCCGUUUCCAUCUGCUGCUACUGAUUCAAACAUCAGUCAGCUCCGCCUGUGCAGACGUUGACCUCAGCUUCAGCUCUUCUCUAAUGAUCUCAGUUAAUGAAUGAUAAUUGAAGAUGCUCAAAGUCAUGAGAAUCUGAAGCAGAGUCUUCCUUUGCUGGUCUGGAGCGAGCUCAUCUCUUAAAACCUUCUAGAAAAAAUAACACUCAUGGAUAAACUUCAAUUCUCUGGAUUAUGCAAAAAUAACUAUCUGUACUAGAGACAUGAUAUUAGUUUGUUAUAUUUGAAAUGAUGCAUUGUACAAAAAAGAUCAAGUAAAGUUUGAGACCAUUUCUCAAUUUAGAACUGCACAAUCCCAUUGAAACCCUGAACCGUCGAUAUGGUAAACAAUAAAAGUGAAAAACAGAAA